AUGUUUAUUACUGCUCCAUUUACAAGCAUUAUUGUUACACUUGUUUUGUAUAUUUUACAAGGUGCUAUUCUUGGUUUAUCUACAUCUAUUCCUCUUUAUCUUACGAAAGAAGGUGCAUGGAAACAACAAGGCAUCUAUAGUUUAGUUCAUUAUCCAUUUAGUUUAAAACUAAUCUGGGCUCCUAUAAUUGAUGUCUUUUAUAUUCAACGUUUUGGCCGACGUCAAACAUGGUUAUUACCGAUUCAAAUUAUACUUGGCAUUGCUUUGAUUGUUCUUUCAUUCUAUAUCGAACCAUUUAUUAAAAAUCUACGUGUUAUUCCAUUGUCGAUCUUCGUUUUUUUCGUUCUAUUUCUUACUGCUAGUCAAGAUAUAUGUGUCGAUGGAUGGGCUCUGACACUUUUUGCUUCAUCGAAUGUUGUUUGGCAAUCAACUUCACAGACUAUUGGACAGACGCUUGGACGUUUUCUUGGAUCAUCAUUUCUUUUGACGUUUGAAUCAGCUAAUUUUACCAAUAGCUACAUUCGUCAACCAUUAUCACUUCAUACGCAUGAUACAGGACUCUUUACAUUAGCUCAAUUCGUACGUUUCUGGGGUAUUGCCUUUCUUGUUGUUACUUGUAUUAUAGCUUUUUUAUUUCGUCAUCAUACAUCAAAUCAAACUGAUGUGAAGAAAACCUUAAAAUUCAUUGAUACAUAUUUAUCUAUUAUUAAAAUUUUAAAAAAACCAUGUAUGUUAAAGUUCGCAUUUAUACUUAUAAUUUGUCCUUUUGGUUAUGCAGCAACUUAUUAUAUGACUAAUCUUGCUUUGAAUAAUCAUGGUAUGUCACGUGAUACCUAUGGUCUUAUUACAAUGCCACUAAUUUUAGUUAAAAUAAUUGUUCCACUUAUUCUAUCUCAAACGCAUCGACCUUUAAUAUGGUUUGCUCGAUUAUAUCCACCUCGACUCUUGAUUGGUUUAUUAAUUGGUAUUUAUAUAUAUUUUACUCCACAACUUGUUAAAUUUCCUUAUGUAUUUUAUUCAAUUCUAAUUACUCUCUUUAUUAUCCAUGAAACAAUUAUCUAUUUACAACUUGUUGCUCGUGUUGGUUUCUAUGCUCAAGUUAGUGAGCCACGUAUUGGAGGAACAUAUAUGACAUUGGUCAGUACAGUUGGUAAUAUUGGUCAAAGUGUAUCAAAUAGUGCUGUUCUUUAUAUCGCAAACUGGUUACCAGAGAAACAUGCUUACUCAAUUGAAUUAAUUGGUUGUACAGUUAUUGGCAUUAUUUUUUUAUUAAUAACUUGGCGUAUGAUGCAUCAAUUACAAGCAAUUCCAGUUCAUAAAUGGUAUUCAGUAAAAGAAAAUGAGAGAUCAGUCGAAACAAAUGUGCAAGAAUUAAUAGAAACGACAUGA